AUGUCGUCGAACGCUGCUUUGAAGGCAGGUGGCCAAAUCAUCGGUCACCAGUUCGUGCCCGCCUACCAAGUGGCACGAUUCCUGCCCCACCGUCACCGAGUCCUCAAGUUAUACAAAAAAGCAUGGCGUUCGAUUUCUGCUCACAACGUCGACGCCUAUGUCAUGCGUCCGUAUUUAUCUACUCACAUUAUGUGUUUUGAACACGCCGUUCUACGUGCCCGAUUUGAUGAAAACAAACAUGUCACCUCGCUGGCGAAGGCUACUGAAUUGCUUAAAGAUGGAGAAGAAGAGUUCUGGCUGAAUCAACACUACGCUCCAGAUGAGCACGGAAAGCUCCCAGAUUCGCCCGAUGGCAUGUCUUUCCAGCGAUGGGCUCAUAUGAUGCAGGAAAACAAUGUCCUCAACGAUUGGGGAGCUGACGAUUGGGCUAGAUAUCCAGAUAUUUAUGACAACUACAAAAAAUGGAAAGCGCUCCGAAACGACACCUGGGAAGAAGAAAUGCGAACUCUCGAGGAGGCCGAUGCUGCCACUAUUGCUGCCGGAGGCCGCUUGAGUGACGACUUCCCCGCCGCCAAAGAGGUUGAUGGGCCACCACCAUUCUGGUGGCGAUACGUCACCCGACCUCUCGAAAGGCCGCGACGACAAGACUUCGAUGACAUGUCCCUUUGGCACAACGAUUAA